AUGGAGAACACACCUAAGGAAAAAGUAGAGAAUGAUCAAAUCGCAACGAUGGACAAAGAUUCAACAAUUACGGUUGACAUGAACCCAGCUGUGGAAAUGUGGAUAUCAAAGAUACACGCACUUACAAUGACUCGGUUCGAAAAUUUUCAAAAGCUGACAGACAUCGAUGUUGCAAGGGAGGAUGCUCAUGUUAAAUAUCGUAUUUUGAUUGAGGAUAAUAUGGCCAAUUUCAAAAAGGACUUCCCGAAUGCUUCAAGAGCUUUGCUGGCUGAGUUUCAGAAAGCGGCUUUUGAAAAUACCGUUCUGGACGACUUGAACGUCGCGCGUAAGAAACAAGAAAUCGUUUACAUUGCUUGUCGUAACGAGCUACGAAAGAUGUACAAGAUUUUCAAUAGACUCUACCCGGAAUACAUCCCUCAAGACGUUCAAAAUCGUAGUAUCGUCAGUUUUCCUGCUACUGAAUUCGGUAGGAUAUUAGCAUUCUUCCGAUCCUGUUCGCCAGAAAAUGUUGCCAGGGAAAUAUUUACACAUAAGGCAUUGCCGGGCUUCAAAAUCUAUAGCUGCGAGAAGAGCUUCAACAGAGACGAACUUCCGCCAUCAUACAGAGCGCAGGUCGAGCGUGCACGACAGUUCCUUGACGACCCGGAUCGCUUUAUCUCAUAUGAUACCCCAGCAGUCACUGAGAGAAUGCGAAACCCCGAACGCAGAAAAGCAAAGGACGUUUUCACUGCUACCAUGGAGACUGUCUGGGUUUACGAUCCACUCUGCAAGAAGUAUGGCCCGCGUCUUGGUCAGCAGGUUUUUCACAAGUACUCAACUGAUGAAGAUAAUGGCUUAAGAAGGAGAAUGAUGAUCUAUGUUGAGAUUUCAAUUGUUGAUGUUGAAUGA